AGCAACCCACCUUCGACGAACAUGGCGAGGACUCCGGCGAUCGUCGCGGUGGUGUUGAUGGUGGCUGCGGCGGCCCAGCUGGCGAGCGCCGGCUUCCCUAACCAGUACUGGCUGGCGCCGUCGACCCCGAGCCCGAGCGUGCCCUCCACCGGCUUCCCGACGUACGGCUGGGAGAACGCCCACGCCACCUUCUACGGUUCCGAAAGCGGCCUCGGCCACGACUUCGGCGGCGCAUGCGGGUACAGCGGCAGCGACAUCGCGUCGCUCUACUCGACGAGGACGGCGGCGCUGAGCACGCCGCUGUUCGCGGACGGCGCCGGGUGCGGGCGGUGCUACGAGAUCCGGUGCGUGCAGUCCAAGUGGUGCGUGCCGGGGUCGCCCUCCGUCGUCAUCACCGGCACCAACCUCUGCCCGCCCAACUGGUACCAGGACAGCAACGACGGCGGCUGGUGCAACCCGCCGCGGAGGCACUUCGACAUGGCGCCCCCGUCCUUCUACAAGCUCGCCGCCCGGGUGGCCGGCAUCGUGCCCGUCCAGUUCCGCCGCGUGCCGUGCGAGAGGAGGGGCGGCGUCCAGUUCUGCCUCACGGGGAACCCAUACUGGCUGCUGCUCCACGUCAACAACGUCGGCGGCGGCGGGGACGUCGCCGAGAUGGCCGUCAGGGAGAAGGGCGGGCAGUGGGUCCAGAUGACGCAGAACUGGGGGAGCACGUACCAGGCCUUCGCCGCGCUCGACAAGUCUGUGGGGCUCGAAGUCAGGAUCACCGGCGGCACCGACGGCAAGACCAUCAUCGUCGGCGACGCCAUCCCCGCCUGGUGGAGCCCCGGACUCUGCUACCAGGGAUCAAACAACUUCUGGUAGAUCCAUCCCAUCCGGCCAUGCAUCCAUGGCGACUAUAUAUAUAUUCCUGCAUACCUCGAUUGACCAUCGAUGCUGUUUCGCAAGUGUUUUUGUUUCAGUAAUUAUUACUCUCUUCGUUGUCUUCUCAUCUUCAUUUUUGUCCACUGGAGCUAUCUCCAUCAUGUAUAUCUCUAAUUCCUUGUACAAGUCUUAGAGCUUGAUUUCUUUCUAUCAUCAUCUUAAUUAUGAUGCUA